CGCGCCUCUGGCUCUCAAAUUGAACCAGAACCAAAGACCGAAACCGAAACCGAAACCAAAAACCCAACGACUGACAAGUCACACGCACACACACACACUCACACACCCAUGCACACGCACACAUGCAUUUGGAUGAACAAGUGUCGUGUGCGGGCACUAAAAGUUAUUUCGUAAAUUAAUAAACACAUCGACGUGUUUGUGUGCGUGGGCGAGUCCACGUUGCAGUCCCUGGACGCAUAAAUAAACGCACACACACACACACACACACAACUACAAAAACAAAUACAUCGAGGCGAAUUGCGCCAAGGGAACAGAGAACAGACUACCGCAAGUGAAAGUGUUUUAACGGCCAGAAUGUGUGCGCUGGAGCCCUACACACACAGUCACAGUGAGAGUCACAGUCAGAGUCACAGGCUGAGUCACAGGCACAAUCACGUACACAGACCGCACCACCGACAACAGCAACAGGAGCAGCAGGAGCAACAGGAGCAACAGGAUCACAGCCACCGGCAGCAGCAACAGGCUGGCCAAGAUGUUGGCCAAGUUGUUGGCCUGGCCAAGAGGACAACAACUGCGGCAGCUAGAACAACAAGGCAUCUGCAGCUUUGGCAUAUUCUACAUGUGAUAUUAGUGCUAAUCGAUAUAACCAGCUCGCUGACAAUGACCGAGGUGAAGAUACCCAAUCACAUAAUGCGCCUGAAGAGCGCCCUGCUCGGCUGCCGCUAUUCCCUGGACGGCGAGUCCCUGUACUCGGUUAAAUGGUACAAGGAUGGGCACGAGAUCUAUCGCUAUGUGCCGCGCGACAAGCCACCGGGCCAGGCAUUUCCACUGCCCGGCGUCAACAUCGAUCUGAGGAACUCCUCGGACACGCAGGUAAUGCUGCGACGCGUAACGCUCCAAACUUCCGGCCUGUACCGUUGCGAGGUGUCCGGCGAGGCGCCCGCCUUUAACACCGUCUCCGAGUCGGAGACAAUGACCGUUGUGGUGACACCGAAUCAUGGGCCGAAAAUAUCCGGCGGGCAGCCGCGCUAUCAGAUCGGGGAUACUGUGCGUGUCAAUUGCACAUCGGCACCGUCGAAGCCCGUCUGUCACCUGAGCUGGCUGAUCAACGGGGAGCCGGCACAGAAACAGCAUCUCAAGCAGUAUGACAAAAUCGUGAUGGGCCGCGAUAGCCUGGAGAUGGCUCGACUGGGCUUGGAGUUUCGUGUGCGUGGAUAUCACUUCAAAAAUGGCGAUAUGAAGCUCAAGUGCGUGGCCAAGAUCAGCUCCCUCUACUGGCAGAGCAACGAGGAGAGCGUGGAGAGCGAUCGUCAGCAGCGGGCGCCCGCCCUGGAGUCGCGUGAAACUGUGGCCGCCAAAUCGAGCACGAUUGGUGCUGCUGCCUCGAGGCAGCCAUCGCAUCUCAUCUCGCUUUUGCCAGCCCUGCUGCUGCUCUUCGGCGCCGUCGGAUCCUGGAGUUGGCCGCCCGAAGGCGCUGGCAGUUAACUGGCUUGAGUGAAUAUUUGGAACGCUGGCCCCGCUUAAGCAGAUCAGAAGCAAACCUUGCCCAACGUUGGGUUCUAUCGCCAGAUGAUAUCAUAUCUGAGAAAUUUAAGUGUAAAAGCAAAACAUAUCCUAUGCCAAAUUUCAUAGAAAAAUCUACAUACACUAACGAGUACAUUGCGCUAAUAUUAAAUACAAGAAUUUCAUUCAAUCGAUGUGUAUGGAUAACUACAUAAAACCAAACGCAAACUCUUUCAAAAUUAUGCAAAAUAAAAAUUUAAAAAAAAAAAAUACAAAAAAAUACUAAAAAUUCGUACGUAUCAAUUAAAUACUAUUUACAUGAGAAAAACUACUCAACCUAAGCAUUUAAGUAAAACUUAAAAUUUUGUAAAUAUUAAGCGUAAACUUUGAGCAAGCAAGAUACCAAAAAAAAAAUAGAAAAAAAAACAAAUGUUAAACUAAAUGAAAUUUAAAGAAAAAUUAUAAUGAAAAUAUAAUUUUCAUUUAGUGUAAAGAUUAGUCCAUCAGUUGAUGUUGAAUUGGGGAAAAUCAUCAAAAGCUCUGUAAAAUAUAUUUUUUUAAUAUUCUAAUCGAGUGAUUGUGCACUUGGUAAAUUUCUAUGAUUUCUCAAACGAAUCGACUUUUGUCCUAUACCCAAUCAUAUAAUUUCCGCUUCCUGGUAGUUAUGACUAAGCCCAUCAGUUGAUAUUAAACUGCAUAUCAAAUUUCCACAUUUCAAUUGUAUAAAAUGCACCUCACUUCGAAUUGCAUAUUCAAAAUCUUUAAAUAUAUAUAUAUUAUACCUAAUAGAUUAAGCAAGCACCUAAUGCAUAGUCAACUACAUGAAUAAGUUUCGAUGUAAGAACUGUAAGGCCAGCCCCUUUAGAGAAUCCCAUUGAAAGAAUCCGCUGUUCGACUGGAAAAACCGCAAUGGAAGAACAAAAAAAACAAAGUCUAGCUGUAAAUAGCAAAUAAAAGGAAAAUAAACUGUUAAGAAACUUGUAUGGAAAUCAUCGCAAGAAGAUGACAAAUCCAAAAUUAGCUGCAAAUAUAACACCUUUGUGAAAUAACUUUAAAGCUGUCCUGAGUGAGGCCUAUUUAACCUAUUUUUAUUUAUUUUUAUUGUUUUUAGUGUUUCUGUAAAUAAGCAUAAAUUGCAAUUUAUCCAUAGAGUAAAUUUAAAUUCCAAAAACUUAUGUUUAGUUUAAAAUCCAUUUUAGACAUUUAUGUACCUUCCGGAUAAUUAAUCACACUUGUAGUUGGACUACAGAGAGCCGACAUUUUUGACAGAUUUUUAGCUCUUUCAUUUGUUUGCGAUUCACAUAUACCUUACCACUGCAAUUGAGACUCCUACUGAUUGUUAUGUUCAAAGAGCAUAAAGCAUUUCUUUGAUCUUGGUUUAAACUCUGUGCAGAGAUAAUAAUCGCUGUUUUAUGCUAAUUUAAAGAGCUUGAGUCACAAAGGCAGCACAUGUCGCACCCACUUCAAGCCUGGCUGCGAAACAAUUUGUACCAUAAAGAGAAACAGCCCAAAAAUGGAAAUUGCCCCCAAAGAGGCAACACGAAAGGUGUGCAACAAACCGCAAAAUGCAUGCAAGUCAAGACAAAGAAACAAACAAGUCACAAUUGGUGCAGGCCAUAUGACUCAUAGGGCUUAAGUCAGUGGCCACAACAACUCGAUGGACUCCCCUCGUGUUCCAGGCCCUGGCUGGCAACUUGACAGCUGCACGGCAGCCUGUUUGUUUUUGCUGUUGCUGGGUUCGAAGCAGCUAAUUUGCAUACAAAGGCGUUCGAUUGAGGCCAAGUGGAACAGCUGCACGCGAAGCCACACUCCAUUGGCCAGUUUUGGGCCAGGUUUAUCAUAUUUUUGCAAUAGCCGUCCAAAUAGCCCGGGCGGGCAAUGCAGCUUGGCAUUUUGAUUGAUAUUUGAUAUUUGUUAAUGAUAAAACGAUAAAAUGAUAAAACUAGCCAAAUAAAAUGUUCUUGUACAUAUGCAACAUGUAAACGGAUACAUUCCCCUAGACUCUAAGAACUGUAAGAACUACUCAUUGAACUAGACGAGCGGCUCUUCAAAUAUUCUCCAUUAAUUCUAAGCAAAACUUGUGCGUGUUGUAAAUUAAACAAAUUCACAAAAUAAAAAUUAAGAGCAGCCAACAAAGAAAACAGAAAACAGAAAACAGACAAGGCAACGCUAUGGAAAAUGUAAAAUCGAAAAAACUAAAAAAAAAAUCACUUCCUCAACGUGUUUUCUUUUGGGCUCAUAAACUUUGUUAUGUCCGAAAUAUUUUGUUAAAUCAGUUUUUAAAAGCGACCGCAUGUUUAAAAUUAGUUUGU